CCCAUGACCCCCCUCGACCUCACCCUGCCUUCACCAUCCAAAUAAUGCUCUGCCUCCCCUCUUCCAGGUGAACUAUGACCACUUUACUCUUCGUUUUUGUGACUCUGAGGGUCAUCACUGCAGCCACCUCAGUAGAACUGUCAGACCAUGACAACUCGCUGAGUGUGAGCAUCCCCCAGCCGUCCCCGAUGAAGGUCCUCCUGGGGACGUCCCUCACCAUCCCCUGCUAUUUCAUCGACCCCAUGCACCCUGUGACCACCGCCCCCUCCACCGCCCCGCUCACCCCGAGAAUCAAGUGGAGCCGCGUUUCCAAGGAGAAGGAGGUGGUCCUGCUGGUGGCCACCGGAGGGCGCGUGCGGGUCAACAGCGCCUACCAAGACAAGGUCUCCCUGCCCAACUACCCCGCCAUCCCCAGCGACGCCACCUUGGAAAUCCAGAGCCUGCGCUCCAAUGACUCGGGGACCUAUCGCUGCGAGGUGAUGCACGGCAUCGAGGACAGUGAGGCCACCCUGGAGGUCGUGGUGAAAGGCAUCGUGUUCCACUACAGAGCCAUCUCCACUCGCUACACCCUGGACUUCGACAGGGCGCAGCGGGCCUGCCUGCAGAACAGCGCCAUCAUCGCCACGCCCGAGCAGCUGCAGGCCGCCUACGAGGACGGCUUCCACCAGUGCGACGCCGGCUGGCUGGCCGACCAGACUGUCAGGUACCCCAUCCACACGCCCCGGGAAGGCUGCUAUGGAGACAAGGAUGAGUUUCCCGGCGUGAGGACCUACGGCGUGCGGGACACCAACGAGACCUAUGACGUGUACUGCUUCGCAGAGGAGAUGGAGGGCGAGGUCUUUUAUGCAACGUCCCCGGAGAAGUUCACCUUCCAGGAGGCAGCCAACGAGUGCCGGCGGCUGGGCGCCCGGCUGGCCACCACGGGCCAGCUCUACCUGGCCUGGCAGGGCGGCAUGGACAUGUGCAGCGCCGGCUGGCUGGCCGACCGCAGCGUGCGCUACCCCAUCUCCAAGGCCCGGCCCAACUGCGGGGGCAACCUCCUGGGCGUGCGCACCGUCUACCUGCACGCCAACCAGACGGGCUACCCCGACCCCUCGUCCCGAUACGACGCCAUCUGCUACACAGGUGAAGACUUUGUGGACAUCCCAGAAAACUUCUUCGGGGCCGGGGGAGAGGAAGAGAUCACCAUCCAGACGGUGACCUGGCCUGACGUGGAGCUGCCACUGCCCCAGAACGUCACGGAGGGGGAAGCCCGAGGCAACGUGAUCCUCACCGUGAGGCCCAUCUUCGGCGUCUCCCCCACCGGCCUGGAGCCCGAGGAGCCGUUUACAUUUGCCCCGGACACAGGGGCCACCGCCUUCCCUGAGGUCGAGGAGAACAGGACUGGGGAGGCCACCGGGCCCUGGGGCGUUCCCGAGGAAUCCACUCCUGGCCUGGGCUCUGUCACGGCCUUCACCAGCGAGGACCUGGUGGUGCAGGUGACCAUCGCCCCAGGUGCGGCUGAGGUCCCUGGGCAGCCACGCUUGCCAGGGGGGGUCGUGUUCCACUACCGCCCCGGACCCAGCCGCUACUCGCUGACCUUCCAGGAGGCGCAGCAGGCCUGCCUGCGCACCGGGGCGGCCAUCGCGUCCCCGGAGCAGCUGCAGGCGGCCUACGAGGCGGGCUACGAGCAGUGUGACGCCGGCUGGCUGCGGGACCAGAGCGUCCGAUACCCCAUCGUGAGCCCACGGACCCCAUGUGUGGGUGACAAGGACAGCAGCCCGGGGGUCAGGACCUACGGCGUGCGCCCGUCAUCGGAGACCUAUGACGUCUACUGCUACGUGGACCAACUCGAGGGGGAGGUGUUCUUCGCCACGCGCCCGGAGCAGUUCACCUUCCGGGAGGCACUGGAGUUCUGCGAGUCCCAGAACGCCACGCUGGCCUCCACGGGCCAGCUCCACGCCGCCUGGAGCCGCGGCCUGGACAAGUGCUACGCCGGCUGGCUGGCCGACGGCAGCCUCCGCUACCCCAUCGUCACCGCCCGGGCCGCCUGCGGCGGGGACAAGCCCGGCGUGAGAACCGUCUACCUCCACCCCAACCAGACGGGCCUCCCGGACCCGCUGUCCCGGCACCACGCCUUCUGCUUCCGAGGUGUCUCAGCAGUGCCCUCUCCAGGACAAGAGGAGGGUGGCAUGCCCACGUCACCCACUGAUGUGGAGGACCGGAUCGCUACCCAAGUGGUGCCUGGUGUGGCUGCUGUCCCCUUGGGGGAGGAGACAACGGCUAUUACCGCAGUCCCAGACUUCACCAUUGAGCCAGAAAACCAGACGGAAUGGGAGCCAGCCUACACCCCGGCGGGCACGUCCCUACUGCCAGGGCCCCCUCCUACGUGGUCUCCCACUGGUGCAACAACGGAGGAAAGCACGGAAGGCCCUUCUGCCACUGCAGCGCCCUCUGCCUCAGAGGAGCCGUCCCCGUCGUCACAAGAGCCGUCCCCGUCGCAGGAGCUGUCCGCCUCAGAGGAGCCGGCCACACCUUCAGCCCCGGCGCCCAGCGGAACUGAGCCGCCAGGCUCUGGGGAGGCAUCUGGGGCCCCUGACAUCAGUGGCGACUUCACAGGCAGCGGAGAAGCAUCAGGACACUUUGACUUCAGUGGGCGGCCCUCAGGGGUCAGUGCAAGUGGGCUGCCCUCUGGAGAACUUGACUCCAGUGUUGUCACCUCCACGGUGGGCUCAGGCCUGCCUGUGGGAAGUGGACUGCCCUCAGGGGAGGAAGACAGAAUUGAGUGGUCAAGCACUCCUGAGGUUAGCAGACUGCCCUCUGGAGGUGAGGGCCCAGAGGGUUCUGCCUCUGGAGUAGAGGACCUCAGUGGACUUCCUUCUGGAGAAGUUCUAGAGACUUCUGCCUCUGGAGUAGGGGACCUCAGUGGACUUCCUUCUGGAGAAGUUCUAGAGACGGAAGGAAGCAGAGCUUCUGCAUCUGGAGUAGACAUCAGUGGGCUCCUUCUGGAGAGAAAACUAGAGACUUCUGCUUCUGGAGUAGAGGAUCUCAGCAGACUUCCUUCUGGAGGAGAAGGUCCAAGACUUCCUGGUUCUGAGUGAGGAGACCUCAGUGAUCUUCUGGAGGAGAAGGUCUUAGAGACUGCCUCUGGAGUAGAGGACAUCAGUGGGCUUCCUUCUGGAGAAGAAGGUCUAGAGACAUCUGCCUCUGGAGAGUAGGACAUCAUGGGCUUUCCUUCUGGAGGAGAAGGUCAAGAGACUAUCUGCGCCUUGGAGCUAGGGACCUCAGGGCUCCUUCUGGAAGAGAAGGUCAAAGACUUCGCUUCUUGGGAAAGACCUCAGGUUUCUGGAGCUGAGGACCUCAGUGGGUUCUUCUGGAAAAGAGACUUGGUGGCCUCUGCUUCUGGAGCCUUGGACUUAGGCGAAGUGCCUUCUGGAACUCCAGAAAGUGGACAAACUCCAGAACAAGUGGCCUUCCCUCUGGGUUUAGUGGUUGAGUAUUCUGGAGUAGAUGUUGGAAGUGGUCCAUCUUCUGGCCUGCCUGACUUUAGUGGACUUCCAUCUGGAUUCCCAACUGUCUCCCUAGUGGAUACCACAUUGGUGGAAGUGGUGACAGCCAGUACUGCUACUGAACUGGAAGAGGGAACCGUCGGCAUCAGUGGUGCAGGGAUAUCUGGCCUGCCCUUCGGUGAGUUGGACAGUAGUGUGGGAGCUAGUGGACUCCCUUCAGGAGCUGAACUCAGUGGCCAAACAUCUGGGGCUCCUGACAUCAGUGGGGAGACAUCUGGAAUUUUUGAGGUGAGUGGACAGCCAUCAGGGUUUCCUGAUACCAGUGGGGGAACAUCUGGAAUUUUUGAGGUGAGUGGACAGCCAUCAGGGUUUCCUGACACCAGUGGAGAAACAUCUGGAGUGCCUGAGCUUAGCGGACUGUCCUCUGGACAACCAGGUGUCAGUGGAGAAGCUUCUGGAGUUCUUUAUGGCAGUGGACAACCAUUUGGCAUAACCGACCUGAGUGGAGAAACAUCCGGGGUCCCUGACCUCAGUGGGCAGCCAUCAGGGUUGCCAGAGUUCAGUGGGACAACACCUGGAAUCCCUGACCUGGUCUCUGGUGCCACGAGUGGCAGUGGUGAAUCUUCUGGCAUUACAUUUGUGGACACCAGUUUGGUUGAAGUGACCCCUACUACAUUUAAAGAAGAAGAAGGCUUAGGGUCUGUGGAAGUCAGUGGCCUCCCAUCUGGAGAGGCAGAUCUGUCAGGCACAUCUGGGAUAGUGGAUGUCAGUGGACAGUCUUCUGGAACAAUCGAUUCCAGUGGAUUUACAACACAGGCUCCAGAAUUCAGUGGCCUGCCAAGUGGCGUAGCUGAAGUCAGUGGAGAGUCCUCUGGAGCUGAGACUGGGAGCAGCCUGCCCUCGGGAGCGUACGACAGCAGUGGACUUCCGUCAGGCUUCCCCACCGUCUCUCUUGUAGACAGAACUUUGGUGGAAUCUGUAACCCAGGCUCCAACAACCCAAGAAGCAGGAGAAGGGCCUUCGGGCAUUUUGGAACUUAGUGGUGCCCAUUCUGGAGCACCAGACAUGUCUGGGGGACAUUCUGGAGAGCCCAGUGGAGAAGCAUCAGGUACCCCAUAUUUCAGUGGGGACUUCGCCAGCACCACCGAGGUAAGUGCAGAAUCCUCUGCAGCCACGGACGCCAGUGGAGAGGCCUCUGGACUUCCAGAAGUUACUUUAUUCACUGCUGAGUUCGUGGAGGGUGUUACUGAACCAACUGUUUCUCAGGAACUUGGCCAAAGACCCCCUGUGACAUACACACCCCAGGUUUUUGAGUCCAGUGGGGAAGCCUCUGCGUCUGGGGACAUGAGUGGAGUUGCACCAGAGCUCCCUGGGUCUGGGCCAGACGCGGCAUCAGUCCCAGAAUCCAGCAGUGAGACAUCUGCCCAUCCUGAGCCCGGGGUGGGGGCGUCUCCUGCCCCCGAGGCCAGCGGAGAGGCUUCCGGGUCCCCGGAUGUGAGCGGGACGACCUCUGCACUCCACGGAGCUGAUCUCGAGAGAGCCUCGGGCCUGGGGGUGACCGGCAGCACUUUGACUUUUCAGGAAGGCCCCGGCGAGGGGUCUGCUGUCCCGGAAGUGAGUGGAGAAUCGACCAGCACCUACUACUCGGGCACAGAGACAUCGGGCUCGCCUUCGGCCACUCCCGUGGCUUCUGGAGACAGGACUGAAAUAAGCGGAGACCUGUCUGGUCACGCCUCGGGGCCGGAUGUUGUCCUCGGCACCAGCGUCCCAGAGUCCGAGUGGACCCAGCAGACCCGGCGCCCUGCAGAGGCGCAUCUGGAAAUCGAGUCCUCAAGCCCCCUGUACUCAGGAGAAGAGACCCAAACAGCCCAGACAGCCACCUUCCCAACAGACGCUUCCGUCCCAACUUCUCCAGAAGGGACAGGUGACUCAGAGCCCACCGUCACAGACAUUGAUGAGUGCCUCUCAAGCCCUUGUCUGAAUGGAGCCACCUGCGUGGAUGCCAUCGACUCUUUCACAUGCUUAUGCCUUCCCAGCUACGGAGGGGACCUGUGUGAGAUCGACCAGGAGGUUUGCGAGGAGGGCUGGACCAAGUUCCAGGGCAACUGCUACCGCCACUUCCCCGACCGCGAGACCUGGGUGGACGCCGAGGGCCGGUGUCGGGAGCAUCAGUCACACCUGAGCAGCAUCGUCACCCCAGAGGAGCAGGAGUUUGUCAACAACAAUGCCCAAGACUACCAGUGGAUCGGCCUGAAUGACAGGACCAUCGAAGGCGACUUCCGCUGGUCAGACGGACACUCCUUGCAAUUUGAGAACUGGCGCCCCAACCAGCCCGACAACUUCUUUGCCACCGGAGAGGACUGCGUGGUGAUGAUCUGGCACGAGAAGGGCGAGUGGAACGAUGUUCCCUGCAAUUACCACCUGCCCUUCACUUGUAAAAAGGGCACAGUGGCCUGUGGAGACCCCCCGGUGGUGGAGCACGCCAGGACCUUUGGGCAGAGGAAGGACCGCUACGAGAUCAACUCGCUGGUGCGGUACCAGUGCGCCGAGGGCUUCGUCCAGCGCCACGUGCCCACCAUCCGCUGCCAGCCCGACGGGCACUGGGAGGAGCCUCGGAUCACCUGCACGGACCCCGCCACCUACAAGCGCCGGCUACAGAAGCGGAGCUCUCGGCCCCCGCGGAGGAGCCGCCCCAGCACGGCCCACUGAGAGGAGCCUGCAGCACGCGCCAAGGACGCUGAGCCCAGGAGCCUGCCAGGCUGACAGCGCGCCCCUCCCAGACGGUGUCCUCUUCUUGUCACUUUCUGUCAUAUAAGGAAUCCCAUUAAAGAAGGAAAAAAAAAAAUCCUACAUUGUGUAUGCACCCACUGACCCCGCCCCAAAUCACCAAAACUGCAUCCAAUUUGUCCCCUAAAUGCCAAAGCAAAGCAAAUUGAUUGUAACCCGCGGACUGAGUUUAGAGACAUUUCUUCAAUCUCCCGUUGUGCCUUUCCAGGGACCAGUGCAGGGACAGGGAAGAAGGGGAGGGUUAAGUUAAAUAAAGAAGAUUAUUUUUGUUUCCUGACUUUA